AUGCAGGAGUCUUUGACUGGUGCUGCGAUGGCAGGAUACACCUUACCAACCGAACUCCUACAGGAGAUUCUCCUGUCCUUGGACAUCGAGUCGUUCCAUUCAGCGUCGUUAACAUGUAAAUCGUGGCGAGCCGCAGCAUUAUCAACACAUCUCCUCCGCCGCCAACUAAAAGCCGUACCGACACUAAGCAACAACAAUAUUGAAACCGCUACCCUCCCAGCCCUACAAUCUCUAUUCCGCCGAAUCUGCACAACGCAUCUCAUCGGACUCCAACACACCAUCACCUUCACAUCCACAGCCCUCACCCCAGACCCAGACCCAGACCCAACAUUUCCCCGGAACAACAUCCCCCUGCGCACGCAGGACGGGUACUACCCCGCCCACCUGCGCGGGCUGACACUUACAUUCAACACACCUACAUCCGGACGCCACGAGAUCCAACUCGUCUCAGCGAUCUUCCCCAACGCAGACGCCGUGCGCCAGAUACUGGGGUAUAACCACAGCGUCGCAUCCACAUUCAGUCGGCCGUUCGCGCGCAUGCAGGCUGCGCUUUCGGCGUGCGGGGGGGUUCUUGCUGUUGCGUUGGGGCGGAACGUGCAGAUUUAUUUUCUGCGUGAUGGGGCCGAGAUGGGGAGUGUGGCUGGUGUUAUUGGUGAGAGUGGGCUUGAGGCGGUUCGGGGGGUUGAGUUUGAGGGUGUAGGUGGGCUUUUACGGGUUGAGAUUGAUGGGCCUGGGGGGGCGUUUGUGCGGUAUGUCGGGUUUGGCGGGUGUGAUUGUCAGGGGGAAUCUAUGUCUACGUCUACCUCUGGUCGUGACUCGAGGUCCAUUGAGCAGGCUCAGCUUGCGUAUUGGGAGAAGGCGCUGCAGAAUGUAUACCUGGAUUCUCGGACCAUUGAGCGCAGUUUAGGCGAUGGGACCUCACUGCGCGGGAUGCGCGUUGUCAACACAGCACCUGCACAUCAAUUACCUGAGGACAAGGGCAAAAUAUGCCCGUGCCAAACGGAAAGAACGUUCUUCGCCCUCUUCCGCCGCGCACGAUGCAGCUUCUACGCCGUGGGCCGCGUAUCCCAUGACGGGAGAAUCGAGAUAACGCAGCGCCUCCCAGCGCGGCGGCCGUCACUCGGCCUCAAGAGUCCGCAAGAGACAAAACCAGCGGAGCCAGAAGCUGGAGGAUCGGAUCCAGGGACAAGAUUGGACCGCUUCGACGCGCGGAACCUCCCGACUGCGCAUUCGUUUGACCCGCUACUCUCUGUCUCGGAGGAUGGGAAGAUGCUGGUUGUUUCGGAGCCGCCGCAUGGAGGCACGAAGGGAGGGGUCUAUGUAUGUAGGUGCUUAUCCUUGGGGGAAGAGGGGUCUGAACCGUGGCCGUUUGCGCUGAGUAUGUUGGAUGAACCGCUGAUGUCUCUGCGGGUGAGCUGGGAUGAAGGGGGUGGGGAGUAUGUGGUUGAUGCUCAAUCCGAGCGGCGGAGUAUGCAGUGGGAGCUGCGCCUGCGUUCGUCUUGCUUUGGUGCGUGA